CGGCGGCCCUGCACCGGCGCGGGCGCCGCGGAUCCGAAGCUCGGCUUCGCGGCAGCGAUGAGCGAUGAGCGCUGAGGGUCCGUCUCCGCCCGCCGCCCGCCGAGGGCGCCCCGACCGCCUGGAGCCCGCGCGGAACAAAACUGCCCUCGCCCUGUUGUACGAUGAGGGCUCUGAGAACGCCUACGAUGUCCGACUGAGGCUGACAAAGGAGGCACUGACCGUUCAGCAGCAGGACGUGGUCUGCUUGGGUGGAGCCCAUCCCGGUGCCAAUCACAGAACUGUGACACUCCGCAGACAGCCCGUGGGUGGCCUGGGCCUCAGCAUAAAGGGAGGCGCUGAGCACUGUGUUCCUGUUGUCAUUUCAAAAAUAUUCAAAGACCGAGCAGCUGACCGCUCAGGGAUGUUGUUCAUAGGAGAUGCCGUUCUACAGGUCAAUGGCAUUCAUGUAGAACAUGCAACCCAUGAAGAGGUGGUGCAUCUCCUGAGAAACGCUGGGGACGAAGUCACCAUCACUGUGGAGUACCUCAGGGAGGCACCCUCGUUUCUGAAGCUCCCGCUAGGGUCCCCAGGGCCAUCCAGCAGCCACAGCAGCAGGACGUCCUCGCCCUUGUUUGACAGCGGCCUGCAUCUGAACGGACACUGCAGUCACACAGCGCCAUCUUUGCCGUCCUCACCCACAGCAGAUGAACCAAAGUACGAGAAGCGCUGGUUGGACACCCUGUCCAUUCCUCUGUCCAUGGCUCGGAUCUCCAGGUACAAAGCCGGCACGGGAAGCCUCAGGUCCCAUGCUUUCGAGGUGCUGGCGCUGGAUGGGGCGCGCUCCGGAGUCCUCCAGUUCUCCACAGCCCAGGACUGCGGCGACUGGCUCCAUGCGAUCUCCGCCAACAUCAGCCACCUCAUGCUGCAGAGUAUGAAGAUGGCAAAUAAAUGCUGCUCUCCUGGCAACCAGGUGGUGCACAUGGGGUGGGUAAACGAGAGGCUGCAGGGAGCUGACUCCUCCCAGGCCCUGGGAUCCAAGUUUCUGGCACUGAAAGGCUCGUCCGUCUACAUCUUCAGCUCUCCUCCGGUGAGCACAGCGGACUGGUUGCGGGCAGAGAACGUCUAUAACCUCUGUGAGGUGCUAUUUAAAGUUCACAAGGUGCGGACACCCAGCUGCUCCACUGACACUGAAACCAGUGAGUCUUGGCGAAGAUGGAAUUGGGAUGCUGCUGCUCCCUGCUCCUGUCCUCGGGGGCUGCAGGACAGCAGGGCAUGGCUGUUCUGGGUGAUGGAUGACUACUGGCUGCAAGCCAAUCUCUAUCUUGGGCUGCAGGACUUUGACUUGGAGGACCAGAGACCAUACUGCUUCAGCCUCCUGGCUGGCCAGGGGAAGAGCCACAUCUUCAUGGUGGAGCUGGGCACGGAGCUGGCCAUGUGGGAGAAAGCAUUCCAGAGAGCGACGUUCUUAGAGGUGCAGAGGACCGGGUCCAAAACAUACAUGUGCAGCUGGCAGGGAGAGGUGCUGUGUUUCACCGUGGACUUCGCUCUGGGAUUCACCUGCUUCGACAGCAAGACGAAGAAUGUGCUCUGGAGAUUUAAGUUCUCCCAGCUGAAGGGGUCUUCAGAUGACGGGAACACUCGAGUAAAGCUGCUAUUUCAGAACCCAGACACCAAGCAAAUCGAGAUGAAGGAGCUGGAGUUCCAGGACCUGCCGGCAGUGCUGCACUGCGUCCAUGCCUUCAUGGCCUCCAAAGUGGCCUCCCUGGACCCCACGUUCCUGGACAGCCACAGCCUUGCCGGAAGAUACCUUCACAGCAGCUAGAGUGGCUUCCCCCGAGUGCUGAAAAUUGAAAUUAUUUUCUUAAGACACGAACUUUCCUGCACCACGUCGCACCUUUGUGUGAUUUUAUAACAAGGACAGAGUUGUGAUACCAAUAAAAUGCGUCACUAG